CCUGACCAGCCCCCGCCCUUCUUCCCUCGUCAGCACGGCCCUCAUCCUGCCGGUCGACUCCAGCAAACCCGUCCCGUCGCCCCCCCCCACGCCCCGUCGCUGCACUUUGCCCAGCUCCGCGGCCUGUGACGUCUUCCCACCAUGCUUGGUUUGUCGACUUCCUCGGAGUCAGCAUGGCUCCGCGUGGUCAUUCUGGCCCUGAUUGGCAUCAUGGCCUUCUCGACCCGUCUCUUCUCGAUCAUUCGAUUUGAGAGUGUCAUCCACGAGUUCGAUCCCUGGUUCAACUACCGCACCACUCAGCAGCUCGUCGAGAAUGGAUUCUACGACUUUCUGAACUGGUUUGAUCAGCUCUCCUGGUAUCCUCUGGGACGUGUUGUCGGCGGUACAGUGUACCCCGGCAUCAUGGUCACCUCGGGCCUGAUCCACGGCAUCCUCAACUUCUUCAACUUCCCGAUCGAUAUCCGCAACGUUUGUGUGUUCCUGGCUCCCCUCUUCUCGGCCUUCACCGCCUUUGCCACCUACUGCCUCACCUCCGAGAUCAAGGACACCUCGGCCGGCCUCCUUGCCGCGCUCUUUAUCGGCAUCGCCCCCGGCUACAUCUCGCGCUCUGUUGCCGGCAGCUACGACAACGAAGGCAUUGCCAUCUUCCUGCUCAUGUUCACCUUCUUCCUGUGGAUCAAGGCCUUGAAGACCGGCUCGGCGCUCUACGGCACUCUGACGGCCCUGUUCUACUUUUACAUGGUGUCCGCCUGGGGUGGCUACGUCUUCAUCAUCAACCUGAUCCCUCUCCACGCCUUUGCUCUGAUCUUGAUGGGUCGUUUCUCCACCCGCCUGUAUGUGGCCUACUCGACCUUCUAUGUGAUCGGCACGCUCUCGUCGAUGCAGAUUCCCUUUGUCGGCUUCCAGCCCACUCGCACCUCCGAGCAUAUGGCUGCUUUGGGCAUCUUUGGUCUCUUGCAGCUCGUUGCCUUUGUGGAGUUGCUCCGUAGCCAGGUCUCGUCUGCACAGUUCAAGCGGCUCCUGUACAUCUUUGUCGGCAUCUGCUUCGUCGUUGGAGUCGCCGCCCUGGUUGCCCUGACCCUCAGCGGCUUCGUUGCCCCUUGGACCGGCCGCUUCUACUCUCUCUGGGACACGGGCUACGCCAAGAUCCACAUCCCCAUCAUCGCCUCCGUCUCGGAGCAUCAGCCCACCGCCUGGACCUCCUUCUUCUUUGAUCUCCACAUUCUGAUUGUUCUCUUCCCUGCCGGCAUCUUCUUCUGCUUCAAGGAGCUGCGCGAGGAGCACGUCUUUGUGAUCAUUUACGCUCUGACGGCCUCGUACUUUGCCGGUGUCAUGGUUCGUCUGAUGCUCACGCUCACUCCCGUCGUCUGCAUUGCUGCUGCCAUCGCCGUGUCGACCCUGCUUGAAGGCCACUUGCGAUUGAACGGCGAUGAGCCGGCUGCCGCUGCCGCCACCCCCGCCGAGAAGAAGGACACCCAGGACAAGAAGGACACCAAGGACGCCAAGGACAAGAAAGAAAAGGAAAAGCGUUCCGCCACAUCCUAUCUGGCCUUUUCGAGCAACCUGCCCGUUGUCCUGGCCAUCACUGGUCUUUUGAUCCUCUUUGUCUGGCACUGCACCUGGGUUACCCAGAGUGCCUACUCGUCUCCGUCGAUCGUGCUGGCCUCGCGCCGUGCCGAUGGCUCGCAGCUUAUCAUCGAUGAUUUCCGUGAGGCCUAUUACUGGCUUCGCGAGAACACCCCCGCCGAUGCCAAGAUCAUGUCCUGGUGGGACUACGGCUACCAGAUCACCGGCAUGGCCAACCGCACCGUCCUGGUCGACAACAACACCUGGAACAAUACCCACAUUGCCACGGUCGGCAAGGCCAUGUCGACGAGCGAGGAUGUCGCCUACGACGUCAUGCUGAAGCACGACGUGGACUACGUGCUGGUGAUCUUUGGCGGUCUGCUGGGCUACUCUGGCGACGACAUCAACAAGUUCCUGUGGAUGAUCCGCAUCGGCGAGGGCGUCUACCCCAACGACAUCACCGAGCGCAACUUCUUCACCGAGCGCGGCGAGUACCGUGUCGACGAUAGCGCCACCCCCACCAUGAAGAACAGCCUGAUGUACAAGCUGUCGUACUAUCGAUUCCACGAGCUCUACGGCGGCCAGCAGCCCUACGAUCGCGUCCGCAACCAGCCGGUCCCGCGCAAGCCCAUCAAGCUGAACGUCGUGGACGAAGCCUACAGCUCCGAGAAUCUGAUUGUCCGUAUCUAUCAAGUCAAGAAGCCCGACAACAUUGGCCGAACCAUGUCGGCUGCCGGAAGCUUUGGCAAGAAGCGUCGCAGACGUGUCCGAAAGAUCUCCAACAAGCCCGCUCGUGGUUGAGCUUGAGCGACCGGGUCUCGAGCAGACCAGAGAAUAAUCGUGCCUGCACAGCUCAUGCCUGCGUGAUCCCUGCGCUCCCGUCUCUUUUUGGCCCUCCGCUAAUAUAUUCGAGACACCGCCA